CUUCCACAGAUCGCGUAGCAUUCUUGCGCUUCCGUGUCAAUAAAGCAGAAUCAGCGAAGAAGAAUUCAAGCGGCUUUCAAACAUCUCCUCAGGGCGGUACCGGGUCGUUUGGAUGGCUCUUCUGGGCAGGCCUGGCAGCAUGUGGGUGGGUCUACUGGGCCGUCUCUCCCGUGGGCGGCUGUGCUGGAACAGUGUCCGUGCCCCGCAGAGGCCCUGGACGCACACGAGGCCCUGCCUGGCCCAAUCAGGGUGUCGCGGGCACCAGACGCUCAUGGCAGCACCCCUGCCUCAGGGUGCCGGUCCGAGUAUCCGGCAGGUCCAGGCGAUGCACGCGGAGCGGCUGGUGCAGGUGGAGUGGGAAGAUGGCAGCCGCAGCCUCUACCCGUCCGUCUGGCUGCGGGACAACUGCCAGUGCCCGGCCUGCACCCUGCAGUCGGCCCAGGCCCGCAGCCUCCUCGUGUCCCAGCUGGACAUCGACACCACGGUGGACCGAGUCACGGUCAUGGAGCCCACCAAGGUUUCCAUUGUGUGGCCUGACCAGCACACCAGUGAGUUUGAUGCGGACUGGCUGAAGAGAAGAUGCUUUUCACCUGAAGCAAGACGGGCACAGCAAGAGGAGCUCUUCCUGAACAAGUAUGUCUGCUGGGGCUCAGAUCUGCAGAUCCACACGGCCAGCUUUGAGGAGGUGCUUCAGGACGACCGGGCUGCCCUGGACUGGCUACUGGCCCUGCGCAGAGUGGGCAUCGCGUUCCUGAAGGGGGCGCCACAGAGCCUGGGCCAGGUGACCAGGCUCAGCCAGCGGAUUGGCUACCUGAGAAUGACCUUCUAUGGGCACACGUGGAAUGUCCAGGAGAAGUUGGCGGCGAAUAACGUGGCCUACACCUCUGGGGACCUGAGUCUGCACACCGACUACCCUGCUCUGCACCACCCUCCUGGGGUUCAGUUCCUGCACUGCAUCACUCAAGCACACCAGGGUGGAGAGAGUGAGGUGGUGGACGGCUUCCAUGUGGCCAAUCAGCUGCGCCGGGAGAACCCCGAGGCCUUCCGCGUCCUGUCCUCGCUCCUGGUCAACUUCACUGACACCGGAGCCGACUACUGCGACUUCCACGUGCAGUCCAGGAACCACAUCAUCGAUGUGGACCACGAAGGACAGGUGGUGAGAAUCAACUACAACAACGCCACCAGAGACUCCAUAAUGGAUGUUCCCCUGGAGCAGGUCCAGCACUUCUACUCCUCCCUGAAAGCCUACAUCCACCUCAUGUACCAACCUGCAAAUAUUCUCACCUAUAAAAUGGAACCAGGCGAUGUGGUGACCUUUGAUAACUGGCGCCUGCUCCAUGGGCGGAGGAGCUACGCGUCCCGCCCGGGGAACCUGCGGCACCUGGAGGGGGCGUACCUGGACUGGGACGAGGUCAUGUCCCGCUUGAGGAUCCUGCGUAAGGCUGUUCACGGGGAGGGCUCUCCAGCCUGACGUCUCACUCUCCUGCCUUCUGUCAAUCAUGUCAAUAAUGAAAAGGGAUAUGUUUAGCCCAGUUAAUCUCCUUUCCUCAAAAUUUCCAGGCUGGGCUACUUUUGAUUAGAUUAUCAUUUUUGGAGUGUCCUUUGUAUGUAGUCUUGUGCAAUUCCCUUGGGUUUAUGGAAAACGUAAUUUUGUCUUGAACAGCUGAAAUAUCUUUCAUUCAGGUAGCAGGUGGGAGUGAGAUGGCUCCAUCCUGCACAUGUUUCUGCAGAGGGAUUUUGAUUAGCCAGUAACUGGGGAACUAUGAUACUGUAGGCCUGCGCUCACUUCAUUAGGAACACCUACUUAUUCAUGUGAUUAUAUAAUUGUGUGGCAGCAGUGCAAUGCAUACAGUCAUGUAGACACGGGUCAGGAGCUUCAGUUAAUGUUCACAUCAACAUGCAUCAGAAUGGGAAAAAAAAAUGUGUUCUCAACUGUGGAAUGAUUGUUGGUACCUUCUGAUCUUCUGGGGUCUCUAGAGUUUGCAGAGAAUGUUGUGGUGUAGCCACAUCUGCACAGCUGCUUGGCUCUUAAGCAAGGCCCUUAAUUUUCCCCUUAGUCGAAUGUCGAACUGUAAAUUAUAAAUUAUUAUUAUUUCAUUAUUACAGCGCAUCAAACCUCUAAGUGGAUAAGCUACAGUAGCAGAAGACUUAGGUCUAAAAAUAAGGUAAUAAGUUCCUAAUAAAGUGCUCGCUAAGUAUAUUUAGAUACAAAUAUUGAAUUGUUCAAAUAUGAAUCAUGUUCAAUUGUUAAUAUUUCAGCCUUUCUGAACAUCCAGUUUAAAGACUCCAUUUCAGAAGCCGGCUGGAAUGCAAAGAAACCUCAUUUUAAUAAUGCCCACCAUGAAGAUUAAAAUAUACAAAAUACUCAUAAUGUCAUAUAUUUUUUGGAUCCUUACUUUGAUGCAGUAUGAAAUGGCACCACAGCCUGAAUAGGAAAUGUGUUGAAGCCGGAUCUUAUGUUUAAGAUCCAAAUUUGGUAAAUUAUUAUGCACUAUGUUGGGUGGCUAGCCCUAUGUAAGUGUUUAAGGUAACUUGCUAUUUACCUUCGUAAAUAAAUGUAUAGCGGUUGAAGUGUAUCAUGCACAAUGCUGCUGCUGGAGUUUACAUUGACUGUUCCAUCUCUUAUCCUAAAAUAUCUCAGAAGCAGUACCAUACCAAUCCCAAUCCCAAUCCCAAUCCCAAUCCCAAUCCCAAUCCCCAUACCCAUACCCAUACCCAUACCCAUACCCAUACCAAUACCAAUACCAAACCAACUGUACAAUGCAAAUAUUUUUAUAAUCUACUUUGUAUUUUACACUGUCAAAAAUGGCUGGUUUUUUUAAUGUGACUAAUUUUGUAGUUACUCAUUGCCAUAAAGACAGAGUAUCGUUAAAAGGUACUGAAAGGCACCUAAUACAAAGAUGAUUUAAUACCUCAUUCACCCUUUUUUUUUUUUAAGGCCCAACGAUAUGUAAUACGCACCCAACAUUGCCCCAGGAUACAAGGUGAGGUUUGGGUUAUGAAUAAAAUAAUGCCAGUUUCUCUUUAAAUUGCACUGUAGCGAACAGGGAUUUUAAUGCUUUGAUAACUGGACAGGAUGACAUGAUAUUUCUAUCUGGCAUGAUCUUGUUCAUGUACAAUCAGUAUUUUACUUCAAGCACUGUACUGAUGUGCCUUUAAUGGUCGCUUUUGCUCUCAGAUUCAAAUAGUUUUCUUAAUGAUUAUAUCUUACCCCCUUAAGUAUCUCCCCCUUUCCUUAACACAUGAGACUGACAUACCCAAAAUAAAAUGGCUUAUAAUGACUGCUAUGCCUAUAGUCAAAAGGGUUCAAGAAUAAUAGAACCCCUUUGACGACAGGCAUAAUCCUGGUCUCUUCUGAAAGGGAGCCCUUUGGGGUCAAUAUUACUAAAUCAAAAGUAAAUAUUACUAGAACAAAUGACAAGCCCAGACACAGUGGAAGUGGUAGAUUUGUUUUCACUGAAAAUAUUUCCUGUUUUGAGUGGAUACAGAUUAUUAUUGUGGCUUUUUAGAAUUAGAAACUAUAAUGCAUUUGGUUCGCUGGACCCUUGCCGUGAAAAGGACACUGACAUUACCUUGAUUUGUGUAGUCUGUGGCUGUAGGAUACUAGUCCUACAGAACAAGUAGUAGUCUGUGUGGACAGCAACAAUUAUCACAGGAACUGCUAAUGCUAUUUUAUCAACCGUUUUUAUGAAAUCACAGAAAUAUUUGUCCAAUUUAGGGCUGAUUCCUAUAUGGAACCAGGUUUUCAUCCCCACCCCCACCCCCCCCCCCCUUUUCAUCCCCAUCCCCCCCAGGAUGGGGAUGAAAAGUGCUAGUGCUAUCUAGCAAGUUUACAGUUUAAUAUAUUCUUCCUGUAUACUUUUUGCACCUGCCAAAAUAUGUUGGCUGGUGACAGUUGACAGUUUACAAAUUGCAAAUACCCCACCACGAAAUGAUGCUUAUGAUUCAUCUUUAUUUGCAUAUUAUAUCUUGAUGAAUGUUAGUGAAUUUGUGUAACGUUUUACUGAAUUUAUGAUCUAGUGCAGGAACUGCGUGCCUUUAUCAUGUUUUAUCGUAUAUUGCAAACAGGGCUGUAUGUAGCAGAUUAAUUCAAUAUAUUUUUUCUAUGGGUGCAUGUACAGUACCAGUCAAAAGUGUGGACACACCUUGCCCUUAAUGCUCUUAAUGUUUUACUUCCUCUGUUUGUAAUCAAACAAUCCAUAUGUGGUCAGUGCAGAUUCUCAGCUUUUAUUAAAGGGUAUUUUGGUACAUAUUGGUUUCACCAUGUAGUAAUUACAGUACUUUUUAUACAUACCGUAGCCCCGCAUUUCAAUGUUUGAGAUAAAUUAACAUAAUGUCAAAUAAAAUAGUCAUGUUUUAUAUUUGGUUGCAUAUUGUUUGCAUGCCAUGAGUUCCUGAAGUCUGGGACCUAUCAACAUAACCAGCGUAUCAUAUUUCCAUGUUGCCCUACAAGUGAUACAAAAAUGUCUUUGCAUUUGACCCUGCUGGGUAACCCUGCAUUGCUCCAGGGGAGGAUUGUCUCCUGCUUAGUCUAAUCAACUGUACGUCGCUCUGGAUAAGACAGUUAUUAAAUAAAUGGCAUUAAUGUAUACGUAUAAAAAGUACUUUAAUUACUACAUGGUGAAACCAAAAUUAAUUAAAAAAAACAUGGUUUAAUAAAUGCUGAGAAUCUGUACUUACAGGACAAGGUGUGUUCAAACCUUUGACUGGUGCUGUACUGCCACAUGAUAGGAAUGAUAAAUCAUGAGUCACAUGACAGCAGGAGCAUUAGUGUUAUGCCUGUGGUAUGGAUGUGUACUGUCUCUAUGUGCUGUAUGAAUUUCUGUCCUAAUAAAAGUCUGUGGCAUUA